CGUGCUUAAUAUUUGAGGUCUGAAUUAUUAAGAUUCGGAUCUCCGAUAAGUGCAAACAAAUGAAGCCCGAAAAGCAUCUAGAAUGAAUAGUAAAUAAUUAAAUUAAAUUCAAAGGAAUAAUGAUGUGCUUUUCCUCUAUUUGUUGAUAGGGGAAAGCUUUUGUUUUAAGCUUCCCUUUUCUGACCAGUUGUCUCCGUAUACGAAGUGAUGGGCUUCCUCUUCCAUGCCAUUGAAUUGCCGAAAUUCAUGACUGCGGCAUUCUUGGUUAGCGUUUGGUGCCAUCUCAAAUGCAUGGUCAUUGUUGCCCUCACUCGCCUUGGUCUCUACAAACCUCCUCCUGAAGACGACGACGCCGAUUCCAAUAGCUAUAACCCCAACAGUUACAUUCUCCUAUUAGACGGCACUUGCCCUUCCCUCGUCACCGUUCCAAUCGAGGUCGCCACCGCCGCCGUCAAGCUCAAAGUUCCCGUACUCCUCUACCGCGAUUACCUCCUCCUCCGCCGCCGUGGAAACGAAUUGGUAAAGGGAUGUUCGAUCUGCCUUGAAUCCAUGGAGCUGGAGGAUGAGGUCAGAGAACUCAUCACCUGCACCCAUGUCUUCCACCGAGGAUGUCUUGAUACUUGGGUGAACGAUGGACACGUCACCUGUCCCUUGUGCAGAUCUAUGUUGCUUCCACCUAAGUUAAGUUCUUUCCGAUGUUGUCGAAAUCCCGAUACUCCGCCGCCGCUGUCGGAGUUGGCCGAUCCCCCAUUGAUUUCUAGUUCUAGUUAGUUGACUGUCGUUCGUUGGAUUUUGUCUCACAUGCAUCUACGGCGGACGAUGCUCGUCAGCUUGUGUUUCUACUGUACUUAUAUUCGUAACAAAAGAACUUGGUUAUGUACGCAUCAUAUGAAAAGUAUUCUGGCCAGUAUAUCUGUUCGUUCCGUUAUAAUGUAUAUAACUUGUUUGAUCGGUUGAAGACUUUUGGAAUUUAUA